AAUUUUGUUUUGCAUGCUUAUGCUUAUAGUUGCUAUAGUUUCAAUAACUCCUACGUAUUAAGUGCUUGGAUUUAAAUCUAAUUUCUACUAAACAAUAAUGAAAGACGUGAUUGAUGUAAUGGCGUUACAAAGUAGUCGUCGAGAUCGGCGAUUACCUGAUUAUAGAAGUGCUCCUAGUCACAGUUUAGCAACAAAUUUCAUUUUUGAGUGCGGUAUAAAACUUGGAUUACAGCCGGCAACCGUUGCUACUGCUGCGAUAUUUUAUCAUAAAUUUUUUAAAGAAGCAGAUAAAAAUGAUUAUGACUGCUAUGUCAUCUGCACAGCUUGUCUUUGUGCUGCUGGGAAGUCGCGGGAUGAGGCGGUGAGGCUAAGAGACGCCGUGAACGUAGCCUACAAUUCUAUUAAUCGCGGAGCUGGACCUUUAGAGUUAGGCGAAGAAUACUGGUCAUGGAGAGGUUCUGUGGCUCAAGCUGAACUGCUUGUUCUACGUUUAUUGGGUUUUAACUUGGACGCACCAUCGCCUCAUCGAUAUUUACUGCAUUACCUACGCUCGCUGCAGGAAUGGUUCCCAGUAGCUCAGUGGCGAUCAGCACCGAUAGCUCGGACAGCAAUGGCCUUCUUGCAAGACUUCCAUCAUUCGCCUUUAAUAUUGGAUUACCGAGCUCCUCAUGUUGCUGUAGCAUGCUUGACUUUGGCAUUGCAUGUGCUAGGAGUAUCAGUUCCACUGGCCUCCACAUUAGACGAUGAUGCUGCCUGGUAUUCUGUAUUUACAAAGGACUUACAGAAGGAAAAGAACUGGGAAAUUAUGGAAAAAAUAAUGCAAGUAUAUGGUAGAGAACCAGAACCCAUAUGAUAUAGAAAGAAAUGAAUGUUCUUAAAAAGAUAUCCAAAAUAAAUAUAUCAAUAAUUAAA